CGUCAGCAGCCUGCGACGCCAAGCAGGAAGCCGCAAGAGCACGUGGGAAAGAGCUUCUCUUCCUAGAUGCGAAUACAAACACUUUCAGAGCUGUGAUUGGAAGAUUAUCACCAUGAGUUUCAUUGAAUAUGGCGAAACGAUUAAAGAAGGCGAUACAGCCAUCGUCUUCCUGGGCCACGAGUCCAUGUUCCCGGUGAAAGUGCAACAGGGCGGUAAAACUCAGACCAAAUACGGUGUGAUCAGACACUCCACUGACCUGAUUGGGAAGCGGUUCGGCUCCAAGGUGACCUGUAGCAAAGGGGGCUGGGUGUAUAUUCUUCAUCCGACGCCAGAACUGUGGACUCUGAAUCUCCCCCACCGGACUCAGAUUCUGUAUUCGACUGACAUCUCUUUCAUCACCAUGAUGCUGGAGCUGAAGCCGGGAUCUGUGGUGUGUGAAUCAGGUACUGGAAGCGGUUCUCUUUCUCACGCUAUAAUCCGGACCAUCUCUCCUACGGGGCAUCUGUACACGGUGGAGUUUCACCAACAGAGAGCAGAGAAAGCCAUCGAGGAGUUUCGAGAGCACCAGGUGGAUCAUUUGGUGACCGUGAAGAACCAGGAUGUCUGCAAAACGGGGUUUGGAGUCGCCGAUGUUGCUGAUGCAGUGUUUCUGGAUAUUCCGUCGCCGUGGGAAGCUAUCGGGCAUGCCAAAUCAGCACUUAAACGCGAAGGUGGACGCAUCUGUUCCUUUUCUCCUUGCAUCGAACAAGUGCAGAGGACCUGUCUGACUUUGGAAGAACAUGACUUUACUGAAAUUAAUACCGUGGAGAUUCUGCUCAGAGUGUACAACGUUAGGACAAUUAGCUUGCAAAUCCCUGACCUUGGUAAAGCAGCCGGGGAUAAUGCAAGCGCAGACUUGGACGGAGGCGACCAAUCAAAUCCAGAUGCCUCCUGUGCUAAUCUGCAGCAAGGAACCAUGCAGUUUAAAAGCGGCCGCCGAAAUGGUGGCUUACCUGGAUAUUUGUGCUUGCUGCCAAGCCUGUUUAGUUGCAGGCAAUGCUGAGGGCCCUCCGCGUCCGCCCCUUCUCCAUCCCCCCCAGCAUCCCAAGCUUUUCAGUCGGCAGGCAAUUCCAUAUAUAGUCAGAUUGAGUAAAGAUUAUGCUUUGUUUAAAUAGCACACAGGAGCACUAACCAGAUCGGCCUUGGCAAGAGACUGUCGUUUUUGAGCAGUGCUUGGCUUGCUGCGAGCGAGGAAGACGGAUU